AUGCCAAAAGUGCCUCCGCGCCCAAACAGCCGCCGCGUCGGUCGCUCUGUGUCCCCUAAUCACGAUGGCUAUGCUCCGUCACCAUUAAACGAAUUGCCAGCUGGGUCGAGUACGAGAAAUCAACAUUCUAGCGAUGCUUCCAAUACCCCCGCUCGUCCUCCGAGUGUUGCUCUGCCGUCGGUUGGUCAGGAAGGGAUGGAAUAUGAGGGCCUAGAUUACCAAAAUGCAAGCAUGGAGAACAAGGAGGAAAGCCACGACCCUCCUGUGGAAACACGAAAUGUGAAUCGCGACCUACAUCUUCACGCUCCGAAGCCAUCAUUGCCAUCUUCCAGCGCUGAAGCGCAGGUGCGGGCCGUCACCAGAACCAGCCCACAACAGGCUGCCGCCGCGGGUUUUGGGAAUGCUACAUCCUCCCCUGACCUCGAUGAUAUGGAUCGCCCGGGGUCCGGAAAUUUAAUGCCUAGCCUGUCUCAACAGGUAUCCUCUUUUUCUUCAACAAACCGUAGGACAUCCAUACAGUAUGGAGAGGAAGGAGGUAUCCCUGAAAUUGGCCAGCGUGUACCAAUGGACCCUAACGCAGGCGAUGUGCAGGCCCCGUCGCCAUCUCCGUAUUGUGAUGAAGGGCAUCACCACGGAGUAAGUAGCGGUGGGCAACAGCGAGCCGGGAACAUCCACCAGCGUCCUAAAAGUAGUCGAGAAAACUCCCUUCCACCGGGUAGUUAUGGGCUUCACGGCCAUGGAGUUCACCCGACUGGCAAUUUUGAAAGAGCUUGGUACGACAAACACCCUGAUGAACUGGCACGCGAAGAACAGGGCCUGUAUGGACCAGGCCUAGGGCAUGAACGGCCUGAGUGGGCUUUAAGCGGUGAUGAUUUGAAUAGGAUUGUAAAGACAUCCGCGAGCACAGGUCUUGGUUUGGCAACUCAUGCGAACGUUCCAGGCAUACCCCAGGAAGAGCUGGCAUACAUGGCGACCGACGAACUUGCUUCUCGGCUUGCGUCUGCACCUCCUGAAUCUGCUUCGUCCAAGGGUGAGUAUCAUCAGUCACAGGACUCAGCAGAGAACCCCCUUAAGGAAUCUAUUGUUACAACAGCAGCAGAUACUAAAUGUAGUGUUCCACGAGCAGGUCUUCAGGAGAAAGAGAAAGUAAUCCAUAUCGAUGAGCCGCUUCAUCGCCAACAUCACCCUGAUGGCUUUGCCCCCGCACUAGAGGACCAUAAACCACAUGGCACCCAGUCAUUGGAGGAGCCUAGUUGGGCCGAAGAGGGUCCAAAUGAUGCCCCUGUGCUUGCAGCAGACGAAAUCGAACCAGGUGCAGAGCAUUUACCACCUGCCAUCUCGCCCACUUUCGAGCACGGCUCUCCCACGCUUCGGGGUCAAAAUCGAUCACACAGCCGCACUGAAAGUCGUCCGAGUAGCCAGCCAUCCCUUACCCAUGGUGCAGUGUCAAGCAGGGUGAGGUUUGGCUCACGAAGUGAGGAACGCGAGGAAAUGCAUACAGAACUUGAAGACGUUCGAGAAUAUGAACCACUAUUCCCAGACGACGAUGAGGAGGCGAAAAUAACUGCAUCUACAGAGCGAUUUAAACGUCAACCUAUGCCACAUAGAUUCCCGAAUGUUCCAAGUGAACAUGUCGGUAAUGAGGAGAAGUCCCCAUUGGAACGGCCAGAGCAUCAAACUUUGCAGAGCAAGCAUGGGGCUGCACCAAGUCCUAUAUCCCCAUCGAAUGAACAAAGCCACCUUGAGGAUGAAAAGACAUCCAUUUCGGAGUGCAAACAGCGUUUCCCAAGUAAGGAUAUUUGGGAGGAUGUUCCUGACAGUCAACGACUCGUCACAACAGUCCAGACUCCACAGGAGGUGACGACAGCAACUUCACCUGAAAGUCCAACAAAACCCGCAACACCUACUUCUCCUGCACGGCUUUUUUCAAAACCGAUACGCCCAGUAGAAGGAAGCGUAACAAGCCCGACCGAGACUAGAAAACCGCCUACGAUCCCUAAUCGUCCAAAACCUCAAGUCCCUGUACGACCAGCAAAAACACUAUCGCACAAUUCCAACGAAAACCUAACAAAAACGACAUCUACCGGUUCUGUUGAUACCACAGCACCUACAGUUGUAAAGGCAAAGCCUCCUAUCCCCUCUCGACCUGGGGGGUCCAAGAUCGCUGCCUUAAAGGCUGGCUUUCUCUCGCAAUUGGAGGGCCAGCUGAAGUUGGGACCUCAAGGCCCCAAGCCUCAAGGGAAGAAACCCGAACCCGAAGAGCCUGUUGAGAAAGUGCCUCUGAGCGAUGCUAGAAAAGGCCGAGCGAGGGGACCAGCUAGAAGAAAGCCCGCCGUUCCUGCUGCUGUACCCGUCGCAGAACCCAUUAAAAUGCCUGCCGCUCCCACGGUCAAAAUCGUGGACCCCUGGAAUGUAUGGCAAAUAGGUGGAGAUGGAAUUCUCAUGGUUGGCAACACACCUCCCGCCAAGGCUAAAUCCAUAUCACCACCGGAUUUUCCUUCUGCCGCAAAUCUGGAGCCAAGGCUUAGCGAGAGUUCGAACCAGGCUUCUCCUUUACGCGGAGUUACUGCUACAGAUACGGAUGCUUCUCCCGAGACGACAUCCACACCAAUUACGACAGAAGAAUCCGGUGACCUUGCUCCUGCUGUUGUCGACUCCGCAACGACCUCGUCGUCGGUAUCGCGAAACCCAAUGCCCACCUCACCAACAUCGUGCCUAGAUAAUGGUUUAGAAGCGCCACCACCAGCAACAUUUGUCGAAGCGGAGAUAGAAGCCAGUGAUGAUGGACCGCUUGUAACUGGGCCAGAUAAGGAGGUUGUUGAGCAAAGCUCUGAACCGACGGAAUCAUUGGAGAAAGAAACAUCGAAAACUUUAUAG